UCAAGAUGUCUUCAGGAAAGGCUUUCAUUGGAAAACCAGCCCCUGACUUUACUGCCACGGCUGUAAUGCCAGAUGGACAGUUCAAAGACAUCAAACUUUCUGACUAUAAAGGAAAAUACGUUGUGUUCUUCUUCUACCCCCUGGACUUCACUUUUGUCUGUCCAACUGAAAUUAUUGCAUACAGUGACAGAGCUGAUGAAUUCAAGAAAAUCAACUGUGAAGUAAUUGGAGCUUCUGUUGACUCUCACUUUUGUCACCUUGCCUGGAUCAACACUCCUAAGAAACAAGGGGGUUUGGGUACUAUGAAAAUCCCCCUGGUUUCUGACACGAAACGUGCCAUUGCCAAAGAAUAUGGAGUACUGAAGGAGGAUGAAGGUAUUGCAUACAGGGGUCUGUUCAUAAUUGAUGAGAAGGGGAUCUUGAGGCAGAUAACUAUCAAUGAUCUUCCUGUUGGCCGUUCUGUUGAUGAAACCCUCAGACUUGUGCAGGCCUUCCAGUUCACAGAUAAACAUGGAGAAGACUUAAACAUUCUUAUCGUUUCAGUGUGCCCAGCUGGCUGGAAGCCUGGGAGUGACACAAUCAAGCCUGAUGUUCAGAAAAGCAAAGAGUAUUUCGCCAAGCAGAAAUAAGCCUUCAGUCUGAGUGGAAACUAGAAUGCCUUACGUAAAGAGCAAGCAUCAGUUACUGAAAUUUGACUAAGUAGUUUUCAUCUGAGUCAAGGGAUCAUGUUAUAGUUAUAAGCAGUAACUUUUUUACUUGAAGGAAAGUUUGUUCUGUUGACAGUAUCUUCAUAGGAAACCUUAAUGAUCAGUAUCUGUACAUCAAACCCUGUUGACCUUAGUUGACAAUGCCGUGUAUGUGGUUAGCCAUGUGUUACAUAGAGCAGUGAUAUCCUUUUGUAACUCUAUUAAACAUCUGAAAAGAG